AUGGGUGACCCACUCUACGACCCGCCGCAUGGCUUUGCCCUCCGCAAGAACGGCACGUGCGCUGCGAAUCAGGAGACGUGUGGGAAUCCCUGGAAGGACUGGUAUAACUGCUGCCCCAAGGACACGUACUGCGGAGAGCACAACACCUGUUGUCCGCACAAGUCAGGGUGCAUACAACCUCUCUCGGAUGACCCGCACUGUGCAAACAAUAAGACCUGGGACCUGUACAAGUCCGAGGGCGACCAGGGCGAUUUCUUCUGCUGUUUGAACACGUCGAGGGGCUUCGUCGCUGGGGGCCUGGAGUCCAAUGGGAGUACUACAGGCAUUGGCUGCGCUGACGAACUUCCGGAAAGGGAAAAUGGUGAAGCGUUGACUCCUGUCGCGAGAGGCAAUGAGACCUCGACUACCCAAUCAUCAUCUACCAACACGGGCGCCAUUGCCGGUGGCGUCGUCGGCGGGUGUGCUGGACUGGCUCUCAUCAUUGCACUGGUUUGGUUCCUCAUGCGUCGACGGCGGCGGCAGCAGCAGGCCCCGGGAACCGCUCCUCUCAUGAGUCCUAAUCCUAGCACGCCAGCCCAGGACAAGAAAGGCGUAUAUGGACUCGAGCUUGACAAUAAUGCUAUCAGGUCGGAGCUACAGGGUAAUCCCAGUACAAUGGCUCAUGAGCUGCCUCCAGACACGGUACCUCAAGAGUUGCCUGCGAGUCCAGUUCGGUAG